AUGUCAACGACGCCUUCACCCCCGACUUCGACAACAACUCCGCGCAAGCGUAGUUUUUCGGUUCAGGAUGGAGAGCCCGGCAGCAAGCGCCAGAAGACCGACGCACAAACGCCCGCAUCCGCCGCCGCCGCCGCCGAUGACGAGCCGCUACAGGCCUGCGCGACCAAGGUCACUAUUCCUUCUCUUGAUUACCAGGCCAAGAGUGGUCUCGAACGCAGUAUUGGACUGGCGCUGCAGCACGUCGGCUUUGAUGCCGCUACCCCCGAGGCCAUGGAGAGCUUCUUGGGGACUGUAGAGAUCUACAUGGCCUCUUUCAUCGAAGAUCUCAAGCGCGUCUCUCUUUCCGCGCGCCGCGAGCAGCCGACGCCCGCCGACUUCGAGUCUACGAUGCGACGCUUCACCCUCAAGACCAAGGCGCUCAAGCCUCAUAUCCGCCACCCCGUGCCAAAAGCUAAACUCGAGACGGGCUACUUCAAUCCGUUGAUCGAAGACCCAGACGCCUACACAACUUUGCCACUCCUCGGCGAGGAACUGAGCGGCAAGCCGGAAAAAGAAGCCAAGGCGUACAUUCCCAAAUCCUUCCCCGAUUUCCCCAGCAAGCACACCUACAAGUACACGCCCCAGGAGGACGACAGCGGGCGGGACCCACAGAAGACAAGAGAAGAAGCGGCCAAGGCAUCCAAGCAGGGAGAGGAGGCCCUCAGGGGGUUGGUACGGGCGGCAAAGGUUCGGAAGCAAAAGGAAAUCAGGUCGUUGUCGGAGCGUGAUCCAAUGACCAAAGAGCGCUACUCACUUUGGGCAGCCGCUAUGGAGGGCUUCGUUAAGCAGGAAGGCGGCGCAACAGGGCAGCUCGAGAUUGCCGAUCAUAGCAUGAUUGUCAACUCAGAUGCGCGGUAUCUGCGCAGGGAGGUACAGCGACAGAGCAAACGAGCCGCUGGUCAAGGGUAG